CCCUGCCUUGCAGCCUCUGCUCUGCUCCCUCAUUUCACCCCACCCCACCCCAUGAGGCCAUAACCCUCGGGCUCUAUCAUCAAGGCUUCCUGCCUUCCUCAUGGGGUGGCUCCGCUCCCUCUUCUCCCCCCUGAGGAAGAUCAUUGUCCGCGCACAUUCGGCGCGCAAAUACCGGAGGGGGAUGAGGAUCCUGUACAAGGACGUCAAGUCCUGCGAGGACGAAGAUGUGCACGUCCUGUGGUCCAUCCUGGUCGACUCGCACCGCCACCCGGCCAUGGUGAAGCUGAAGCUCUAGGACGGCCAUGGCGGCGGCACGCGGUUUUCGCCGUCGAGCCGGCGGCCAUCAUCUUUCGUGUGGAACUGCACAGUUUCAAUGGCAAUGCCGUCCGGGAAAAGACGAGCAGAUACUUUCCUUGUGUGUGUGCGUGUGUGACACCGGUCUGAUGUGUGCAUCUAGUGACUUUGUGGGUGAGGUUGAGACGUCGCCUUUGCUUUGAUGUGAGUGUGAGGUUGAGCUGAUGUAUCUGUAUAUAGAAAGCUCUGGGUGCCUUACCUAAUGGUAUUGAGUUUGGUUUCUUUUC